UUCCCCUUCUAUCCCAGCGAGCGACCGACCGAGCGAGCGAGAGAGAGAGAGAGAGAGAGAGAUAAGGUGGGUUCGCUUCGCUCCCCGUUCACACUUCCUAUAAAACUUCCGUGGCCAGCCAGCCUGGUCCUUCUCUCACACCCACUUCACGACCGGCGAGAGACAGAGACUCCUCGCACACCCACACGCUACGCAUUUCGAGAGAGAGAGAGAGAGAGAGAGAGAGGGGAGAAAGAGAGGACAGAAGAAGAGGGUAUUAGCUAGAGAGAGAGAGAGAGAAGAUAGAGGAAGGAGCAGCAGGGGUUCCGCCGGGCAAGAGGCUCGCCGAGAUAAUGUCGAUGGAGGCACCGGAGCAGCAGCCGCAGCCCGCCCGGCAGCAGCUGGCGCAGCAUCUGUCGGGGAGCCUGAGCUUCGCCAGCAACCUGUCCAUGUCCGGCGAGGACGAGGAGAUGUCGAGAUCGGCCCUGUCCACCUUCAGGGCCAAGGAGGAGGAGAUCGAGAGGAAGAAGCUGGAGGUCAGGGAGAAGGUCAUGUCGCAUCUGGGUCGCGUCGAGGAGGAGACCAAGAGGCUCGCCACGAUUCGAGAGGAACUAGAGGCAUUGUCAGAUCCAAUGAGGAAGGAAGUUGCGCUUGUCCGAAAGAAGAUCGAUGCAGUAAAUAAGGAAUUAAAACCGCUGGGACACACCUGCCAGAAGAAGGAGAGAGAGUACAAGGAAGCCCUUGAGGCCUACAAUGAAAAGAACAAGGAGAAAGUACUGCUCGUUAACAAGUUAAUGGAGUUUGCUCAGCUGGUGGGUGAAAGUGAGAAGUCGAGGAUGAAGAAGCUGGAGGAGCUGGCUAAGAGCAUAGAAACCCUACAAUGAGGGCAUAGCCUUGACGUUGAUGACUGAUUUGAUUAGGUCUCCUUGUGAUGAUAUGUAUGUAAAAUGGUGUUUAAUUUUCAAAUCAUUAGGUGGGUGCUUUUGGGUUUGUUUGUAUGAUUGAUUUUUCUGAUGUCUUUGUUUGCUUUUUCUCUACAUUAGCAUUUGAUGUGCCUACAAUUAACUAAUUUAGGAAGGGAAUAAACCCCCCAAAAAAGAAGACAGAUGCGUAGAACUGAACCGUCCAUCAACACUGCGGUGUCUUUUA